GUUUCUGUUGUCUGGUGUCGUGUCACGAGCUUCCCCAAAGCGCCUCCAAGAAAGCCUCUCGGUGCAGCCGGCACAUUGCACACAGCCACGGAUCGCCAGCGAAACAGUCCGGGGAUGAAGGAGCAAGAAGAGUUUUCGCAGAAGGGUUUGCAGGAGAGCUUUAAUGCAUCCGCACUCGUGCAAGACCAGGAUUUCCCAUUCCCAAACCUUGGCCAGAUAUAGGAGGAGGCUGCGAGGAAGAGGAAGAUGCCCCGGGACACCCAGGCAGACAAGGAGCUGAGGACGGAGCCCAGGGAGGACAAAUCCCCGCAGCAGAACCUGGUGGAAGAGGCCAUUUUGAGCGGCUCCACGGCGCAGGACUCCAACGGGGAGGAAAAAGCGCGGAGACCCCGCAGGAGGAGGGGCGGCAAACGCAGCCCAGGGUGCUCUGAGGAGGACAGACCAACCCUGUGCCGGGAAGGUGGCCAGAGAUCGAGCCAGAGCUCAGACCUGGUGGUCCAUGAGCGGCUUCACACUGGGGAGAAGCCCCACAAGUGUGGGGAAUGUCGGAAGAGCUUCAGCACGAGCUCCAGCCUGAUCCGCCACCAGAGGAUCCACACUGGGGAACGGCCCUAUGAGUGUGGGGUGUGUGGGAAGAGCUUCAGAGACAUCUCCACCCUGCUCCGCCACCAGAAGAUCCACAGUGGGCAACGGCCCUAUGAGUGUGGGGAGUGUGGGAAGAGCUUCAGAGACAUCUACACCCUGCUCCGCCACCAGAAGAUCCACAGUGGGCAACGGCCCUAUGAGUGUGGGGAAUGUGGGAAGAGCUUCAGAGACAUCUCCACCCUGUUCUGCCACCAGAGGAUCCACACUGGGGAACAGCCCUAUGAGUGUGGGGAGUGUGGGAAGAGCUUCAGCCAGAGCUCCACCCUGCUCCGCCACCAGAGGAUCCACACGGGAGAGAGACCCUACGAGUGUUCCGAGUGUGGGAAGAGGUUUCCAGAGACCUCCGAUCUCCUCAGGCACCAGCGGAUUCACACAGAGGAGAGGCCCUUCCGCUGCCCCGACUGCAGGAAGGGCUUCAGGGACAACUCCACCCUUGUCACCCACCGGCGAAUCCACACCGGGGAGAGGCCCUACGAGUGUCCCCAGUGUGGGAAGAGCUUCUCCAGCAGCUCUCACUUGACCCGACACCAACGGAGGCACCGGUAAGGGAAGCCCUGCAAGUGCCCCGAGUGCAGGAAGAGCUUCAUCCUUUACUCCAACUUCAUCCCCCAGUGGGGGACCCAUGUUUGGCAGAGCCCUGGUGACCCACAUUCGCCAUGAUCCAGUUUGGGAAGAGCCCUGGCUGGUGCUCUCCACGUCCUCCUGGAUCCCCGUAGGCACCUGAGUGAGCGCAGAGGCUGGAACAUCCAUCGGGACUCUGACUGAAAUCGGAAAUUCAUUGGGAAGAGCUGAUUUGUUGAGUUUAUGGCCCAAAAAUUCUCACCUGCUCUGUCCAGUUGUUUCUUCUGGUGGCAUCCAGCAAUCCUGGAUGAUCUUGGAGGUCUUUUUCAACCUAAAUAGUUUCCUCCUUCAUCCUGUCAAAACAACCAAAAUUAGGGUAGAAAUAAAGGAAUUCAACAAAGGUAU